GAAACCAACAAGAAACUAUUCCCGGAUCUUCUUUGAAUAGCAAAAUCAAACCCUCAAAUGGCCGACGUUGCCUCUGCCGAUCCGAUCAUUAUUCCGACGAAGAGGAGAACCCGAAAGCCACUGAACCCAAAAAACUCGUCGCAAAAUGAAUCCGACAUUGAUGCCGGAGCAAUUUCUCAGCCACCGUUGAUGUCGGAAAACUCUGCCGGAAAAGAGAACUCCGAGAGCCUUUCUCAGCACAAAUCUCCGAAGCUGAAGAAAUCAGGGAGAGGGAAAAAGCAGCCACAACCCGACCCGACAACAUUUUCAUUCGAGAAAGAGUUGCAAGAAAUGCAAGAGAAGCUUGAAAAGAUGACACUUGAGAAGCAACAAGCAGAGGAGAUGUUGAAAUUGAAGGAACAAGAACUUGAAUCGCAUAGUAGAGAGCAAGAGAAAGUUAAAAUGGAACUCAAGAAGUUGCAGAAGUUGAAAGAAUUUAAACCCACCAUGACACUGCCCAUUUUGCACUCCUCGAAAGACAAAGAACAAGUGAAGAAGAAGAAGAAAGGUUGCCCAGAAACUAAAAAGCCAGCAACUCCUUACAUCAUGUGGUGCAAGGAGCAAUGGGUUGAGGUCAAGAAAGAAAAACCCGAAGCAGAGUUCAGCGAAAUAGCAAACAUUUUGGGGAGUAAAUGGAAGGUUCUAACCCCUGAAGAGAAGAAGCCUUAUGAGGAGAAGUAUCAAAUAGAGAAAGCGGCUUAUUCGAAAAUUGUGGGUGAUGAGAAGAGGGAAAAUGAAGCUAUGAAGCUUUUGGAAGAAGAACAGAAGCAGAAGACAGCUAUGGAGUUGCUUGAACAGUAUCUGCAGUUUAAACAAGAAGCAGAGAAAGAGGGUGGUGAUAACAAGAAGAACAAAAAGGAGAGAGAUCCAUUGAAGCCAAAGCGUCCAGAAUCGGCAUAUUUCUUGUUUAUGAACGAGAGACGGGCUGCUCUGGUUGCUGAAAACAAGACUGCGGUGGAGAUUGCUAAGAUCACAGGAGAAGAAUGGAAGAACAUGACAGAGAAGCAAAAAGCUUGCUACGAAAAAAAGGCGAAGAAGAAGAACGAAAAAUACAAUCAAGAAAUGGAGGUUUACAAACAGAAUAAAGAAGAGGAAGCUGAAAAUUCCAAGAAAGAAGAGGAGGAGGUUUUGAAAAUCCUGAAGCAGGAAGCUUUACAAUUGCUUAAAAAGAAAGAGAAAACCGAAACCAUCAUUAAGAAAACAAAGGAGGAGAAGAACAAGCUGAAGGAAGAGAAGAAGAACAAGAAGACCGAUGAUCCUAACAAGCCCAAGCGGCCUCCAUCUUCUUUCCUCCUUUUCAGCAAACAAGCAAGGAAAGAUUUGGCAAAAGAGAAGCAAGGAAUCAGCAAUGCCCAACUGACUGCUCUGAUUUCAGUGAAAUGGAAGGAAUUGAGUGAAGAAGAAAAACAGAAAUGGAAUGGUGAGGCUGCAGAAGCCAUGGAAGCUUACAAGAAGGGAAUGGAAGAAUACAACAAGAAUCUAGUAGCUGAGAUCCCUAACAAAGAUAACUAGUACUAAUUGCUGGCCCAUCAUGUUCAACUAGUUCUGUUGAACUUCUAUUGCCCUUUUUUUGUCAUUAGUUUUUGUUCUAGUUACUUCAAAUUUUAGU